UUGGGAAAAUCUGGACGCAGCUUGCACCUGUGAUCUCGAAGUUUGAACCACCCAACUUGGUUCUUUGAAGCCGUGAUAGCGCAAUGUCAUCGGGACGUGCGCUGUGCUCAAGAUGGCUAGGGAGGGCACUCAACCUCGAGCGCAGCAUCGCCACAUCGGAAAUACCACUAUACCUCUGCCCAGCGUUCCGGGCGCUCUCCGUUGACAAUGCCGCUGUUCGCCCACGAGGUCGACCGAGCACCCGACCCGUCCAAGCUCGACGGUUGCAUACCGAGACCGUGGCCAGUGUCCAUAGAGAACCGCCCGUAUCGACCAAACUGCCACCCAAGACACUACCAGUGCAAUGCCAUGGCUGCGGCGCGCUGUCGCAAACUACGGUACCCAACGAGGCCGGCUAUUAUAAUGUGUCGCGCAAGGCAGUCAGGCAGUACCUGGGCUUGGAGGAGGAAAGGCUGGCCAAGCCACGCGACGCGGAUAGGAUUGUCGAGCAAACGCUGAAGUCGGUUGAUGUUGAGGCCUUGGAACGGCAGGGAAUCAACCUUAAGACGCUGUUGCCAGAGCGCGCCCCCGAGACCACGGCUACGCCGCUGACGGAAAAGCCUCCCCUUUGCGACCGCUGCCACUACCUAGUUCACCACUCAGCUGGCAAUCCUAUAUAUCAUCCAAGCAUCGAGUCGCUGCGCGAUACAAUCGAAGAAUCACCGUACAAACGCAAUCACGUAUACCACGUCCUCGAUGCCGCAGACUUCCCCAUGUCUCUGCUCCCGCGACUCCAUAGUCUGUUAGACAUCACGCUCCGCACGCAAAACCGCCGAGCGACGCCAGUCAAGUUCAAGCACGGCAGGCGGAUGGAGAUGAGUUUCAUCAUCAGCAGGUCCGACCUCCUGGCGCCGAAGAAGGAGCAGGUAGACUCGCUGAUGCCCUACAUCAAGGAGACAUUGCGCGCCGCUCUAGGCAGGGUCGGUGGGCGUAUUAGGCUUGGCAACGUGCACUGUGUCAGUGCGAAGAGGAGUUGGUGGACCAAAGAGCUUAAGGAGGAGAUCUGGAAGCGUGGCGGCGCAGGCUGGAUGGUGGGGAAGGUGAACGUCGGCAAGAGUCAGCUCUUCGAAGCUGUCUUCCCCAAGGGCAGAAUGGAGUGGGACGCUCCCAAGCACCCAAUAUCCGUUGACGUCUUCCCGAAGGCCCAGCAAAAGCUCGUGCCCCCACCGGACCCAGAAGAUGCCGACCCCGAUCCAGACAAUCCCUUCCUUCCUGGCCGCAGCAUCAACCUAGACGAAGAAUACUCCCUCCUCCCCCCCGCUCAACCCGAAACCAACUACCCGUCCAUGCCGGUCGUCUCCUCCGUCCCGGGCACCACCGCCUCGCCGAUCCGCGUGCCCUUUGGCAACGGGCGCGGCGAGCUCAUCGACCUCCCCGGCCUCGCGCGAAGCGACCUGGAGCUCCACGUUCGCGAGGACAGACGCCCCGACCUCAUCAUGAAAUCGCGCGUCGUCCCGGAGCAACAAGUUCUCAAGCCCGGCCAAUCCCUCCUCCUGGGCGGCUUCAUCCGCAUCACACCGCGCAACGUGGCGCCGGACGAGGAGCUCAUCUUCCUGGCGUACGCCUUCACGCCCAUCGAGCCGCACCUCACGGCGACCGACAAGGCCGUGGCGGUACAGACCCAGGCCGAGGAUGCACCCCACGUGGAGAACAUCGCGGUGCCGGGAACGGGCGACAAGAUCCAGCACGCGGGAGCGUUCCAGGUCCGGUACGACGUGACCAAGCAGCGGACGGGCCCGCUGACGAGCAAGGUGGCGGUCGGGCUGAAGGUGGAUCGCCUGCCGUACCGGGUGCUCGGGAUCGACAUCCUUAUUGAGGGCUGCGGCUGGGUCGAGCUGGCGGUGCAGGUGCGCACGAGGCAGCUGUUCGCCCACCCCGAGGAUAAUGGGGAUGCAAGGGUCGGGGCUGGUACUGGCGAAUGGGGAGAGAAUUUGCAGACGCUGGAUCUGAGGCCUGAACCGGUGAAUGUUGAGAACAAAAAAGGCGAUAGGGGAGCAGAGCGGCCGGAGCCCAGGUGGCCGGUUAUUGAUGUGUAUAGCCCCGAGGGCAAGUUCAUUGGAUAUCGGCCGCCGAUGAACGCAUGGGUGCUGAACAAGCCGAAAAGGGAUACCAGGUCGCGCCCGCGGAAGGCUAUGAAGGGGGUGAAGAAGAUGCAGAAGAGGAGAGCGAGGGAACCAGGCGCGCCAAGUGGCGCGUGAGCUCUGUCAAACUUGGAUAGUCCUCUUAAAUGGUUGUAAUGAUAUUGUAGCAUAGAACUUGUAUCAUGUAUGAUAUCCUGUACCUUGUUUCUGUUGGAAGUUCAUAGUCGUUGGGUCUGGAACGGCUAUAUAGGUACCUAUGCAUGAGAUACACACGCCAUUGACGACAGAGGGGGGGUAUAAUCU